CUUUUCCAGAUCAACUUUUCCCAAAAGGAAGAGAGAUACAACAGUAAAUACGGUUUGGUGGCCAUAAUUUAUUCAUCCUGCACACAUAUUAGAUUCUAGCAAUGCUGUCGUCCGCGUGGCGUAGCGUGUCCACCUCGGUGGAGACCAACUUGACCGCCGCCUAUUUCCGAGGUUCGUCCACUUUGCGGUGCCUCCAGCGGCUCGCGGCGGUUCCAUCUGGUGGCGGAUCCAUGCAGAGACGAUAUCUGGCUGUGCCCGUCUGUCCAAGUCUUGUCAAGCUUCAAAAGCUACGCAAAGUAGGAUUCAGAGGCAUGCACAGCACUUUGGAGGACGUUAAACUGGAGGGCAUGGAGAUCAAGAUCCUGCCGGCCCUGCAGGACAACUACAUGUACCUAAUUGUGGACACUAAGACCCGUGAGGCCGCCAUUGUGGACCCCGUGGAGCCAGAAUUAGUCAUUAAAACCGUCGAGGAGGAGAAGGUGACCUUGAACAAGGUCUUGACCACCCAUCAUCACUGGGAUCAUGCCGGUGGCAAUGAGAAGUUGGUCAAGCUAUGGCCCAAGGAGCUGGAGGUGUAUGGGGGAGACGACAGAAUCGGUGCCUUGAACCGCAAAGUGCAACAGGACGAUUCUCUCACCAUCGGCAAUCUAAAGGUGCGCUGCCUCUCCACCCCGUGCCACACCACUGGACACAUCUGCUAUCAUGUCACAACGGCCGAUGGCACUGGCGAGGGAGCCGUCUUUACCGGUGACACCCUCUUCCAGGGAGGCUGCGGUCGCUUCUUUGAGGGCACUCCCGAGGAGAUGUACGAGGCGUUGUGCACCAAGCUCUCCGCUCUUCCGGACAACACCAAAGUCUUCUGUGGACACGAAUAUACUCUACAAAACAUGAGCUUCGCUCGGCAUGUGGAGCCGGAUAAUGAGGUCAUCCAACAGCGCAUCGAGUGGGCCAAGCAUCGCCGAGCCUCUCAGGAUCCGACGGUGCCAUCCACCAUUGCCGAGGAAAAGACCUGGAAUCCGUUUAUGCGUGUCCAUGAGGCCGCUGUCCAGAAGCAUGCCGGCGGUGCUACCGAUCCGAUCAGUGUCAUGGGCACGCUGCGCAAGGAGAAGGACACCUUCAAAGCUUGAGCAUUUUUUUUAUCUCUUAAAUUUCAUUUUUUAGUCUUAAAUAUGUGAUUAUUGGAUUUAAACGGUUAAUAAAAUUUACUGUAUUUAUGG